GCGGGUCGGGUCCGGGUCCGCCGGUCGGUGGCUGCGGUUGAUGCCCCGCCGCCCCAUGUGUCUGUCGGCGGGGCCGCCGCCGCGCCGGCUCCCACCAUGGCCCGCAAGACGCUCAGCAGGAAGAGGAAAGCGCCCGGGGCCGCGCCCGGGGACGACGCCCCCGCCCCCGACCCCGACAGCGCCGCCGCCGCCGCCGUCAGCGGAGCUCAUCGGUUUGGCCGGGACCACUCGCUUCACAAAAGGAAAAGGCUCCCACCGGUGAAGAGAUCCCUGGUGUACUACCUGAAAGGCCGAGAGGUCAGGAUGCAGAGCGAAUCCGGUUACCACGGAGUGCUGCACGGAUUUGCGGCUCAGCAGCUUCCCAGCCUUCUGAAAGAGAGAGAGUUUCACCUGGGGACUCUUAACAAAGUAUUCGCUUCUCAGUGGCUAAACCAUCGGCAAGUGGUCUGCGGGACGAAGUGCAACACGUUGUUCGUAGUGGACGUCCAAACGGGCCAGAUCACCAAGAUUCCCAUCCUCAAAGACCGUGAGCCUGGGGUAGUGACCCAGCAGGGGUGCGGCAUCCACGCUAUCGAGCUGAAUCCUUCGCGGACACUAUUGGCCACCGGAGGAGACAACCCCAACAGCCUGGCCAUAUACCGACUGCCCACACUGGACCCCGUGUGUGUGGGAGAUGAUGGACACAAGGACUGGAUAUUCUCAAUCGCGUGGAUCAGUGAUACCAUGGCAGUGUCUGGUUCCCGUGAUGGCUCCAUGGGUCUUUGGGAAGUGACGGAGGACGUGUUGAGCAAAAGCGACGCCAGGCACAAUCUUUCCCGGGUGCCGACGUACGCUCAUAUCACCCACCGAGCCCUGAAGGACAUCCCGAAGGAGAACACAAAUCCUGACAACUGUAAGGUCCGGGCCUUGGCCUUCAACCACAAGAAUAAGGAGCUUGGAGCAGUAUCCUUGGAUGGCUACUUCCAUCUCUGGAAAGCCGAGCACACACUAUCAAAGCUUCUUUCCACCAAGCUGCCCUACUGCCGAGAGAACGUGUGCCUGGCUUACGGCCACGAGUGGUCCGUGUACGCGGUGGGGUCCCAGGCCCACGUCUCCUUCCUGGACCCGCGGCAGCCGUCCAACAACAUCAAGUCGGUCUGCUCCCGGGAGCGCGGCAGCGGAAUCCGCUCCGUGAGCUUCUACGAGCACAUCAUCACCGUGGGGACGGGCCAGGGCUCCCUGUUGUUCUACGACAUCCGGUCCCAGCGGUUCCUGGAGGAGAAGUCGUCUGCUUGCUACGGGGCCAAGCCCAGGUUGGCGGGGGAGAUUCUGAAGCUCACCACUGGCAAAGGCUGGCUGAAUCACGACGAAACGUGGAGGAAUUACUUUUCCGACAUCGAUUUCUUCCCUAACGCCGUUUACACCCACUGCUAUGACUCGUCUGGAACGAAACUCUUUGUUGCAGGCGGUCCUCUCCCCUCGGGCCUUCACGGGAAUUAUGCCGGGCUCUGGAGCUAAUGACCCCUCUCUUCCAAAAUGCAGAGAUUUCCAGUAACUUCCACUCUCCGUUUCCUCGUCUCUUCUUUGGAGUUUGCAGUCGUGCGAUGCCAUUGUUUUCUGGUCUGAGCACAAGAGCAUUUUCUUUUGGUUUUUGCUUAGUGUCAGAGGCUUCUUACACCAGUCUAAAAAUGCUUUUUCUUUGAUUUUUUUUUUUUUUUUUUACUAGAAUUUUGCUUUGGUCCCUUUAGCUUCUUAACCAAAGGUGGGGUUUUUUUGUUUUGUUUUUGGGGUUUUUUUAAGCCCUCAUUGUACUGGCUCUUAAGUGACCUGUGCUUUCCCCCCCUUUAUUUGGCUUCUUUGGCUGAUACGGCCACAUUGGCUCCUACUUUCCUGUGAGGUAGGGUUCCUUAAUGAUUACGUGGGCACUCUCAGACUUUCUGUGAAAGUUUAAGAGGUGUGUGUAUGUGUGUGUUUGUGUGCGUGAGUGUGUGCGUGUGCGGGUAACAUUACCUGAAGUGAGGAUUACUUGUAAUUAAAAUAUUUAUAAAAGAAACUACUUUAUCCGCAGAGUCCAACUUUGGGGCUCGUUUUAUCUUAUUUUUUAAAGUACAAGUCUAACGACACUGUAUACAAACAGUAAAAACAGAAAAACCACCGACCUGGAAAUAAAGCAUUGUUAGAUGGCAGGCAUCCUGGGAACACAGGCUUGGCCAAGCCCGCUCCUCCUUUUUCCUGCCCUCUCCACUCCAGGGCCUCAUUCCUCCGGAGCCCCGGGAGUACCAGAAGGGAGAGGCCAGGAUUCCUGGGGCCACCAGAGGGGGAAAAGGCUUUUGCUCCCUCUGUCUUCACGUCCCGCUCCCAAGGCUGACUGGAGACUCGGAGGUUUUCCGAAAGGGGACGGGGGUUUGCUGGGAGAGGCACCGGAGCCCUGGAGUGAGGAGUGGGAGUGACCCUUCCCACAGACCUUUUGAGCUUAUCCCGGGCGUGGGCUGAGAGGCAGCCACCCGCUCCGGAGCCAACUGAGAGAUCCAAGCUUUGUGAAUUCUGCUUUGGUUACGGGGGAAGGCUUCUCUUCUUUCUAGUUUGUCCCCCUCCCCCCGCAUUCGGGUCUCCCUGACUUGUUUCUUUUGGAGUGAGU